AUGGUUACAGAAGUGGUAACCCAGUGCCCCUCUAGAGCGGCAGACAACAUGGACAGGACGUUUUUAGCUCCUCUGUUGCUUCUCAUCCUCUUCGAUGCUUGUCAGAGUAGUAACCGAUAUAUGGUGGGGUUCAUGGAGAAUUCGAAAUACCCCAAGUGGUUAAGCGUUUUCAUCCGUGCCAAGGAAAGUGGUGCUGCUGUCAGAAUCAGGUCUCAUUCAGAAAACGAACCAAAGCUUAACUCGGAAUAUCUCAUACAACCAAAUGCUACUAUUUUAAUCAAAAUUUCGAAAGAAUACGAAGUCACGGGCACAAACAAGAGCGUUCAGGGGAUAUCAAUCGAGUCCGACCAAGAAUUAUUUAUUCUGAUUCAUUACUGGGUAGAAUCGGUGUACCAAUAUACGUCAACUAGCUGUUUGGCUAUCCCGGUAUCGUCGCUUGGGUUGUCGUACUACGCUGUUACUGAAAACAAUAGAGCGGAAAUCCUGAUUAUCGGUAUAUACAAUGACACUUCGCUCAGGGUAACUGGCAACAUACCCUUCAAGUACAACCAAGUAACAACGGAUGUAUUAACAGAAACCAUUAAUGAAUUUGAAACCGUACAACUCCAGGCUGAUAGUGGCUCGUUGACCGGGACCCACAUACAUGCAGACAAGGUUGUGAGUGUUUACAGUGGUAAUAAAUACUUUAAUCAGAGAGUUUUAAAAAAUCCUCUAAUACAGCAGCUAAGUCCGGUAAACGUCUGGGGAACCGUCCAUAUUACGCUGGCACCUCUUCACUGUGAUUAUAACGUCAUCAUUGUCACGGGGUCCGCAGACACCAUUGUGAACUCUUCGUGUGGUCAAACAUUUGAGCUGACAGAAGCUGGUUCAUCAACAUAUGUUGCUAUGGGGAACUCAGUGUGUCAGUUGGAGUCAAACCAUCCAGUCUCUGUGACAAUGAUAGUUCUAAAUGAAGCCAAUCCACUUUCUAAUUCGUCUAUCAUGGUUAGAGUACAGCCGCUGCAACAAGUGAAAGAGUUAGUUUUUUUCGACACAAAUUAUGAAAUGGAUACAUCACUGAUAUUGGUAAGCGACGUAAAGGAAAUCCUCCUGGACAACGGACCGAUUUCAUUAUCAUCUGUUCGAAACACGUCAUUCUACUUCAUUCGGUCACCUGUAUCUUCAGGCCACCACGUCAUCAGCUGCGACCCCGCAUGUUCAGUAUCAGCUUACGUCUUCAGUUAUGGAUUUCAAGAAUGCAUAGGGUACCUGAUAAUUUCCAAUGAACACGCAGAACAUUAG